CCCAUCGUCGACUGCAGCCCUUGCCCCCGCCAUGGGGAAUAUGCCCUCCGCGGUGAAGCACUGCCUCAGCUACCAACAGCUUCUCCGAGAGCAUCUCUGGAUCGGGGACUCGGUGGCAGGGGCGCUCGACUCCGCGCAGGAAUCACCUCAGUUAUCUGGACUCCCUGAAUAUGUUAAAAUAGUAGAAGUUGGACCAAGAGAUGGACUACAGAAUGAAAAGGUUAUAGUUCCUACAGAUGUAAAAAUUGAAUUUAUCAAUCAACUUUCCCAAACUGGCUUGUCAGUAAUAGAAGUAACCAGCUUUGUGUCCUCCAGAUGGGUACCACAGAUGGCUGAUCACACUGAAGUGAUGAAAGGCAUUCAUCAAUAUCCAGGCAUUCGAUAUCCUGUCCUUACUCCUAAUCUUCAGGGUUUUCAUCGUGCUGUUGCUGCAGGAGCCACUGAGAUAUCAGUGUUUGGUGCUGCUUCCGAAUCCUUUAGUAAGAAAAAUAUUAACUGUUCAAUCGAAGAAAGCAUGGAGAAGUUUGAGGAAGUUGUUAAGUCUGCAAAACACAUGGGUGUUCCAGCAAGAGGGUAUGUGUCUUGUGCCCUGGGCUGCCCCUAUGAAGGAAACAUCACUCCGCAAAAAGUGACAGAAGUGUCUAAGAGGCUAUAUGGCAUGGGCUGUUACGAGAUCUCUCUGGGAGACACGAUUGGAGUGGGAACUCCAGGAAGCAUGAAAAGAAUGUUGGAAAGUGUCAUGAAAGAAAUCCCACCAGGUGCAAUUGCUGUUCACUGUCAUGACACAUAUGGACAAGCCUUAGCAAAUAUCCUUACAGCCCUUCAGAUGGGGAUUAACGUGGUGGACUCUGCAGUAUCCGGAUUAGGUGGUUGCCCUUAUGCCAAAGGCGCCUCUGGGAAUGUUGCCACUGAGGAUUUAAUAUAUAUGCUUAACGGCCUGGGGCUCAAUACAGGAGUGAAUCUUUACAAGGUGAUGCAAGCUGGUGACUUUAUUUGCAAAGCUGUGAAUAAAACCACAAAUUCAAAAGUAGCACAAGCCUCCUUCAAUGCUUGACUUGAAUGAAUUUGCAACUUAAAGCUGAGAAGAUCCAUUUGAAGUACAUAUAUUCAUCUGAAAGUCAUUACUGUCAACUUGUUCUGAAAUGUGAAGUAAUAGACAAGAGUGGGGGGAAAAGGAAUACUUUUUUUAAAGGGUAGAGCUGGAUAGAUUAUGAAGUCAGAGGAAAGAAAAACCAGUCAUCAAGUAAAUUGCAAGCUGAGGAUACAUAAUAAAACUUAUAGACAUGCUUUUGAA